AUGGCUUCCGUGCAAAGACAAGGCACCGUCGUUCCUGCAGGAUCGCCCAUCCCAAACGCCAGAACAAGAACAACAACAACAACAACGAAUGACUACAACAGUGAGAGCACAAUUACUAAAAAGGACGACACCCAUAGCAGUAACAAUACAGUAACUCCCGGUUUGACAGUAACCCAACGACGUGCCGAACGCACCAUAACCGUUAGGAUAUCAAGUUCUCGCGUUUUAUGGCAAGUUUUCGAAGCUAAUGGCAUGCUUGCGGGGAUUUACAAUACAAAAAACAGUGGCAAACGCAUUCCUGCACCACCACCAUCAUUACCAUUACCAUUACCCCCACAACUACAACAACAACAACAAGAAGCACAAGCACAAGCAACACCCCUACUAGAAAAUGACGCGUCGUUUUCAGGUUUCUCUUCUUCAACACCAUUGCCCUCUUCGAUGCGUUGCCCAAAGUCUAUCUCCGAACCAGCUUCGCCAACAACUCCAACAGUAAGACCUCGGGAUCGCUGCUACACUGUUAACACGGGUCAACAAUACCACCAGCAGACAGAGGAAGAUGGAAAACAAAGAAAAGGACGAGCAGUAUCAAGUCGUGAACGACAUAGGAUGACAGAAGAUCGAGCACGGGAGAUGGAGCUAAAGAACGAAGAACUGCACAUGUUGAUUCAAGGUUUAGAAACCAAGAUGAAGAGAGCAAAUCUACGGUUUCAGCGAAACAAGGCAAGGCAUGAGGAAAGUCAAGAAAGACGGCAGCGACGGAUUAUAAAAUAUCAAGAUGCUUUGGGCAAGCUGGCGCUUCCUAGCACGACUACUUUUGUGGCCCCAAGAAAAGCGUCAUGA